ACCAUGUGGAGAUUGGACACUGUAGAAGUUUGUUUUUAGUUCUUUAUCGUUGUUAAUUUUUUACUUUCUUUUUUUCCCCCUGCUCGGAAUAAUCUUCAACCGUUUCGGUUUGUUUUAGUUAACGAUUCUUUCUUUCUUUUUUUUUUUUAAACGGGUUUCUAAAAGAAAAAAAAAGUGUGGCACUGUCAACACGUCUUAUGUUGCCCACAGUUUUGGAGCUUUUUUUCUAAUCUAACAGGGAGUAUAAUCUCGUUUUUAUAAAGUUUGUAGUUUAACUUGUCCGUCAGGUUCACCUCGUCGCUAUGGAGGAGCGCGUCCGUCACUCUGCAACACAAGACUACUCACAUCCGUUCAUUCACGAGGUGAAGCUGACCAGGGCGCAGAGGAUCAGGGGCAUCAUACUGGGCAGCAUCCUCUUCCCUCUACGCAUCACACUAGCGGCCAUUUUCUUCCUCAUCAUGUGGCCUCUUGCCCGGCUCAGAUUGGCCGGCCUGUCCGAGGAGGACCGCUCUCGGCCGGUCACGGGCUGGCGGCACUGGCUCUUCCAUCCCAUCAUCUGGCUGCUGAGCCGAGCCGUCUUCUUCUCCUUGGGCUUCCUGUGGGUGAAGGUCAAAGGUCGCAGAGCAGAUCUGAAGGAGGCACCCAUGCUGGUGGUGGCGCCCCACAGCGGCUUCCUGGACAUGCUGGUUCUGUGUCCAACCCAGCUGGCAACGGUGCUGUCCCGGUCAGAGAACACCAGCCUGCCGGUCAUAGGAGCUUUGCUCGAGUUCAACCAGUCUGUGCUGGUGAGCAGGAAGGAUCCAGAAUCAAGGAAAAAGGCAGUCACCCAGCUCAUAGAGAGGCUGACCUCCAAUGGCUACUGGCCUCAGAUGCUGAUGUUUCCAGAGGGAACCACAACUAACGGCCACGCUCUCAUCAAAUUCAAGCCUGGUGCCUUCCUUGCUGGAGUCCCGGUCCAACCUGUUCUGUUGCGUUACCCCAACAAGCUGGAUACUGUUCGCUGGACGUACAAAGGGACAACCUGGGUUGAGGCACUGUGGCACACAACUUCGCAGUUCUACACUAACAUGACUGUUGAGUUUCUGCCAGUUUACAAACCUUCCCAGGAGGAGAAGAAUGACCCCAACCUGUAUGCAGACAAUGUUCAGAAACUCAUGGCCAAGGCCCUCGGACUCCCAGCUACAGAUUAUGUGAUGGAGGGUGGAGUUCCUGUUAGUAAAAUGGGCGGCCUCUCUCUCCCACUGGAGUCUCCUGCCAGGAAAACACUCUCACUGCUGCACAAAAACAGCCUGGAGGCAUAUGAAGUGGGAGCAGCACUUGACCGACUGAUUGACAGGUGUCAGUCAGGAGCUCAGGGGUCAAAGGCCAGUGCAGAGGAGCUCGUCUCUAUUCUUGGACUGACGGAUAGAGAGACAGCUGCCUCUGUCUGUAGCCUGUACUCCAAGGAUGAAGCUGUGGACUUGAGGCAGCUUUAUUUGAGUGUUGCUGCCCUCUCUGGAUUUGUCAGCUUCAAAUCUCUACUUCACACUGCUUUCAAUCUGUUUGACAGGGAAGGCAGAGGCAGCCUGGGUGCAGAGGAGCUAUCAGACCUCAUGGGGGCGCUGCUGGGUGUUCCCCAGCACAGCACCGCUGAGCUGUACAAGGAGGCUUCCAAACAAGGCCAGCUUACUGAAGAAAAUCUGCUGCGAGUGCUGACGACCCACCCGACCUAUCAGAGAGUGGUGAACGAAUACCUGCAGCCGGAGGAGGCGGGCUCUCACCUGCCAUUCACUUCUCUGGCCAAUGGGAAGGCUGUGAACAACAACGGAAACAUGGACAACAGCAACAGACCCCUCCACUACAACAAAAAGUUUGAAUGAGGAUUUUCCUGAGCAUUAAAUGAAGGUUGGAUUCCUCUUGUUGCAGGAUGGUCUUUGACAAAGGACUGCAUUUUUAAAGUUUUGUGUCAGAUGGUGUGUGUGUGGCUGUAUGGAUGCAUUUUAAAUCAAUAAGUCUUAAGCUGACUUAAAAUACGCGUAAAUGAUGCUACAGUGGCUUAAUGAAGUGUGUAUGAGUGUGUUUUUUGAGGCCAGGUCCUCAUAUGUUUGAGGACUUGAAGGUGUGUGCAUGUUUACCAGUGUGCCUUUUAAUUACCAAGAAAUCUUGUGCACAAGUUGUUCCAGAUUAUGUUAAAGGACUCCGUUACUUCUGUCAUUUGAAGCCAUAAAAUGUCUUAUUUAUAGAAUUUCCUGUUAUGUAAAGUAAAUAUAUAUAUUUUUGUUUUUAAAGGGACAAUGGAAUGUGCAAAAAGAAACUAAACACUCAGUGCAUCAAAGUUUAUUUUAUGUAAAUGAAUUAUUACAUUUUUCCUGUGAAUAUUGGUUCUAUUUAACAAUUAAUUAAAC